AUGAAGAAGAUUAGGGAGAAUGUAAAAAAAAAAAACAUCGAAGUCUACAGACAGACAGUCAAUAUUUUUAACGAUGUACUAUCUCUCAAAGUUCAAUGCCCGAAACAAAGCGGGGAAUUCUCCUACCCAGGCGACUGCACCAAGUUUUACCGCUGUGACAACGGCCAGCCCACAAUAUUUGAUUGUCAAGCCCAGCUGUUAUUUAACCCCGAAAGGGGCUUUUGUGAUUGGCCUCAAAGUGUUAAUACAGAAAACUGCACCAGACAAGACAUCAUAGUGACUGACGCUUCUGGCGAGUCGAUUGGAGAUUUGUGCAACCCUCACGGAGAAGAAAUAAAGAACAGUUUCCUGGUUGGCCACCCGUCCCUGUGCAAUGCAUUCCUCACCUGUGGCGGGAUUGCAUGGUCUACCCCUUGCACGUUCUGUCCAGAAGCCAUGUAUUUCUCGCAGGUAAAUAUACUUGCAUUUUAUAGAAUGAAAAACAUCUUGUGCAAUAUGUCCUUGCCAUUAGGAGUUAGAAAAAGAUUUUUUUUGCUUGCUACAUACAUCCAGUUUUAA